AGCCAGGAGAGUGAUCAAGGAUUUCUAUCAGGGAUACUAGGUACAAAAUCUGAAUCUUCAUACAGUAACACAAACAGUCAUGGUGCUGCAGCAUCUGCCCAUUUAGACAUUGAGAGUCCCUUUAACUCAGCUGCACCUACUACAUUAGGCAGACUUAAAUUCCAAGUAAACUACGAUUAUAGUGCCCAGACUUUGUCACUGAAGAUACUCAGUGCAGAAAGACUUCCCGCAAAAGAUUGGUCCGGGACAAGUGACCCAUAUGUAAAAAUACUGCUUCUUCCAGACAGGAAAAAUAAAGUAGAAACCAAAGUGAAACGAAAAUGUUUAAAUCCAAGAUGGAACGAGAUAUUUUUAUUUGAAGGCUACCCACAUUCCAAGCUAGAAAACAGAGCAUUGUACCUCCAAGUGCUUGACUAUGACAGAUUUAGUAGAGACGAUCCGAUAGGAGAGCUUAUCAUACCCAUCGGGGAGAUUCCAAAUAUUGGUCAAGCCCCUACCUUUAACCUACCUUUACAGCCGUGCUCAGAAAAUUCUACUUCCAAAAGAGGCGAGUUACUACUUUCCCUGUGCUACCAACCAACAGUUGGGCGUAUUACAGUUGUCAUCAUAAAAGCACGAGAACUCAAGGCUCAAGACAUUACAGGAUACUCAGAUCCCUAUGUUAAAUUAUGGCUGAUGUAUCAGGGGAAGAAAAUAGAAAAAAAGAAGACAGAAAUAAAAAUGAGAAAUCUGAAUCCAGUAUAUAACGAGUCUUUCAUAUUCCAAGUCCCUUAUGAAAAAAUUCGAGAGACAACUAUACACAUUUCUGUCUAUGAUUGGGACAGAAUGUCAAGGAACGAUCUGAUUGGACAGUUUGUUUUAGGAAGUAAAAGCGGACCAAUGGAGGUUAAGCAUUGGAAUGAUAUGUUAUCGAAACCUCGGCAGCAAGUAGCCCAAUGGCAUAUAUUACGUAAUUAGAAUAGAGCCUAAUAUGGAAGUGUUGUUUCGUCACUUGUGUAGUAGAUAAUCGUUAACAUAUAUCUACGUAGCCUUAUUUGGAAAUAUACGAUGUAUGACACUAUUUUAAACUGGUGCUGCAUAAAAUCAAAGAAGCAUUGCUAAAAAGGAGAGUUCAACUUUGUGAGCUUAAAAGGAGAAUCAAAACAGCUGUGAGGAGGAAGUCAAUCAACAUGAGGAGGAAUUCAAUCAACCUCAAGGGGAAUCCAAUCAACCUGAGGAGGAAUUCAAUCAACUUGGGGAGGAAUUCAAUCAACAGAAGAGGUCCUUCUUCAUGUCCAUAGGGAAACCUAGUCCAUUUACUCCAAUUUUUCUUUAUUAUUUGAAGAAUUUUCUUUAUUUAGGUAGGCAGAAUAUAGUCAGUUUUGAGGUUUGCCAUACUAAUAUUAAAUACUAGCAAGUUCCAAAUUGGUCCCACUCCACCUACCUCGAGUUUUGUGUGCAAAAAUAAGAAUUUUCACACAUUGCCUCAACCCAGAGGCUUUCCACAUGAUUAAAAGUUCAGUUUCACUGAAAUACUUUUUCUGUGGAAAUUUCCUGUGAAAAACUUUUUCUUGGAACCCUUGAUGAAAUUGUUAGUUAUGAAAUGUCCAGAAUGAUAAUGAAGUGAUUUAUCUUCAUUUUGAGGUAGAUCUGUAACUUUGUAAUAUGUACUUGUCAUAUGUGAGCCUCAGGUAGGCCAAGUAGAAGGAACAAUCUAGAGACAGGUGCU